GGUGUUAAAGGAGUUUCCGUGCGUUACGGUCCGUCUCGCUCCUGUCUGGAUCCCUACCGUAAUGUUGACAGCGAGGAUGAGGAAGACGCCCUCAACUACCUUAAUUCGUCACUUCUGAGCGGAGUAAAACUGUAGGCUCCUGAUCCUCUCUGCGUUUCACGGAGAUGAUGAUAAGGUGUCACACUCGCAGCUCUGGGCCACGUUACGGAUGUCGUCAUGUGCCCCAGUGGCAUCGUUGAGUAGCGGGGAGUCAACGUGCCAGGUCCGGUCACACCGGGAAAGUUGCGCUCAAGAGUGUUGUGUGGGACAUGGGAUCAAGCCUGGGCCGAGUGGGAUACGCUAGUGAAGGAUCGGCGUCCUGAGUGGAGAGCUGUUUGUUGGUGUCGGGAGAACCAGGGUGCGUCGCACCGGAGCCAUGCGCACCGAGCACAGCUUCGUUUUGCUGCUCCUCAACGGGACGGCGUGCCUGUUGGUUUUGGCACAGGAAGAACGCCACUCCUCCUCUUCGCUGAGUGCUAAGUCCUCCUCUAUUGCAGAACCCUCUAAGACGCUGAGUGUUCUGGGUGGACAGGGCUCUGUCUCCCCCCUCAGCCGUUGGGUGAUGCACAGCCGCAGUCGAGCAGCUAAUGCUUCAGCACUAGAGCUACCCUACCGCUCACCUGUGCCCUUCUCCAAGCAAGAAUUCUGGGAGAUGCUGGGCAGUGACCUCCUUAAGCCUGACACAAGUUCUGAUGAUGAUGCCUCGACAAGCUCUCGUGUCAAGCGCCGUCCCAUCGUCAAGACAGGCAAGUUUAAGAAGAUGUUUGGUUGGGGUGACUUCUACUCCAACAUCAAGACGGUGCGUCUCAACCUGCUCAUCACUGGCAAGAUUGUCGACCAUGGUAAUGGGACAUUCAGCGUCUACUUCCGGCACAAUUCCACAGGCCAGGGCAACAUCUCCGUCAGCUUGGUACCACCUGUGAAGGCGGUGGAAUUCGACUUGGAGCGACAGAGUGUGGUGUACCCUAAGGACUCCAAGAUCUUUAACUGCCGUGUGGACUACGAGAAGGUGGACCGCAGCAAGCGCACUUCUCUGUGCAAUUAUGAUCCAUCCAAGACCUGCUUUCAGGAGCAGACCCAGAGCCAUGUGUCCUGGAUCUGCUCCAAGCCCUUCAAGGUCAUCUGCAUCUACAUCUCAUUCUACAGCACAGACUACCGGCUAGUGCAGAAAGUCUGUCCGGACUACAACUACCACAAUGAGAUGCCCUACCUUCCCUCUGGAUAGAAGGGAAUAGGCAAAGGGGGCAGAAAGUCAGGGUUGGGAUUGGAAAAGUAGUGAGGAGCGAUAUAACCAAGGAGGGAGGGAUGAGGAGAAAAGAGCAUGAAUGAAGAGGUUGGAAGUAUUGAUGUGGGAGGUCUGAGUAUAUUUUAUGUUUUAGAAAAGCUCUCUUCAGGGUGUAUGUGGGAUCUUUUAGGGAAUUGUACCUAUUUGGAAAAAGACCCCUUUGCAAACAGAGCAUUUUUCCAUGGAUUGUGUUUGAUCAUCUGUAAAAUUCUUAAGGUGAAUGUAAGGCAUUUUGCUCCUGUGAUAAAUGUCUUUAAAGAAACUCUCUAAAACAAAUCCUGACAAAUGUGACUGCAAAGCUCAACAUAUGCAAAUCAAGCUCUCUGCUGCAGGUAUGUGGGUGAGAGAGAGCACACUAACAUGAGGCUUUGGUGACAGGCAACCCCCACCGGUGUGCUUUUAAUGCACCACUGGGCCUACAUCAGGGCAAGGUGACAUACAUAUCUGAGAAAUCAUAAAACAAAGAACAAUUACUAUGUUGAUUUCAAUACGCCUACUAUGCAGAUGCUAGGGGUGGUGUUCAGGUUCCUGAGGAUUAAAGAAGUCUAUAUUUACAGUGUAUAAUUCAGGUUGAACUCUCGAGAACAGCCAACAACAACAACUUAGACACACGUGAC